AUGGAUGAAGCAAGCGUAAGGAGUAUCCUAGGGGAGGAGACCCCCUCCGCAGCUGGAAUAUUAGACCAUGUCGUGCCUCUGCCGGCUGAUCAGAUGUUACAAUACUUGAAGUCACAAAUAGGUGAAUACGCUUGGUCAGCCACGGUCUCCAAAUUACCCCCAGAGGAGGAAGACUUUGAGGAAAGGGAGUCUUCAUCUCAUCGACAUCCUCUGUUGUGGAAAGCGAGUCACUCACAGAGGAGUAUAGUGCCGACCGGUCGAUCCACAGCCUGCCAUCAGCCUCAGAUUGAGGUGACCGAUGGUGAUGUGGAGAAGCCAGAAGAGAGCGUCUCCAUGGAGCCAUCAUCAGCUUCCCCUGAAGGAGUCCACAUUAUCAUCUCCUCCAGCAGAAUCAGUCUACACACCUCAGGGGAAGAGCAGGAUGUGGAGGUCAGCCCAAAGAAGGACAGACUGACAGCAUGCGGUAGUCUGAAUCAAGCGCUGUGCUCCUUCCUCACAGCUUUAAUUAGGGAACGAUCAGAUCAGGGUGUGGAGGUAAAGCCAAAGAAGGACAGACUGUGUGCUUCCAAAGUUCACCUGCUCUUGCUCAAGCCCAGACGUCUCUUUCCUCACAGGUGGAUUCUUCGGCUACGAAGAGAAGGGCGGUGGGGUCUGAAGCUGAUUGACCUUUACAGGUUUAUCGAAAGAAAAGAUCGACCACUCAUUUGGAUUCGACCAGAUGUCCCAGGAGAGGACCAGGAGCCGCCAUUCCUGGAGCCGCCACCAGCUGCAGUCGCAACCAUUGCUGCUGCUCCACAGGUGGAGGAGGCUCUCAUUGGGUGUGCAUCACCUCCUCUUGCGGUGCAGACAUCAGAGGAGACUUGCCCAGAUGAGAAAGCCAUGACUGAGGAAGACAUUGUGGAGAGGGAGUCGUCUUCCUCUGAUCAUGAGCUGUCUCCAGGCAGUGGCUCCCUGACUAAAGGGUAACAUAAGACUGCAGAAUAAAAUAAGAAUACACCUCAAAAGUAUAGCGCAGUGCUUUAGGGUAUGCAAGGUUGAGGGCAUAAAUCAACCCCAUAAGUAGUGCACAAGCUUUAGCAACGUUGUGACAUCCUGGUAGGAUCUCCUGGCCACCAGAAUCUUAAGGAUGUGUUGCAUGUUGUCACUGCGAUUAUCCUCCUGUAUAUAAUUAACAAGAAAUAUUACUUGAUUUGUACUGGUAAAACAGUCUUCAAAUAGUUUAGUAGAACAUGGCAUUAGAUUAACAAUGUAUGUGCCUCUUAAUUAAGGCUUAACUUUAUGGUAACACAAUUUUAAAAUGUUGUUUUGCAAAAAAGCUUUACCAGACAUUCGUCAAAAAGCUCCUCUUCUUUUUCGCCAAGGUACAGUAUGAGGCUCCGGAUAAUAGCUUCACGUCUCAGUUCAAUGCUUUGGUUCUGUUAAGAGAAUAAUGUUAACAACACAUUCAGAACUGUGCCAAAGUCUUAGGCAUGCUAGUAUUUUACCCCCCAAAAGAGGAUUUAAGCCAGUUAAGGUCAAUUUUACUUUAUCACUUUUAGGUUUAUCCCAUCCCAUGAAGUCACCUUGUUCUAUGUAUCGCCAGAUUUUUGACAGUUUACAAAAAAGCACAAUGUCUUAGUCUACAAGCUAAGACCAACUAAUUGACCUCUUAAGUCAGUUAUGGCAUUGUACAAAGUACUUCAUUAAUAAAAUUGUAUAAGUGGACUAAUGAGUGAGGAUUGAUGCUGUAUAUGUGCACAGUGUGUGUGAGACAGUACACCUAUCAUCAUGAAUAAAGUGAACAAUAAAAAACAUACCUGACUAAG